AUGUCAAUAAAUACUCCAAUUAUUCAAUGUAUACCAAAUAUCAAAGUUGAUAUCCAUCAGAUCCUUGUCAUGUAUCGCAAAGUCGUUGUCCACAGGUGCAAGAUUGCAUGCAUUUGUGCAGAAUUACAAACAUUUAGAAGUUUAUUACAAUCCAAAGUACGUCCUGGCCAGAUUGCAUCACCAAAAGAGCACGGAGAAAUCCAAAAGCUUCUCGGCCAAAUUAAGAUAUUGUACAAUUUAGUUUCAUCUUUAUGUGAAGAACAAUAUAUGAACACAAUUUUAUACAAAUCUCCUAAAGCUAUCGUUCAAGAAUUAAGAGAAUUUAGAAUGAAUUUCAACGCAUUAUGCAUUUCCCUGAAAUUCGCAACAUCAGAUCCAUUGCCUAUCAAUGUCAGCCAAGAAGCUAUCGAUGAUCAUACCGAUCUCCAAGAUAUUGUCGAGCGUCUGAAGUUUAUGAAGAACGAAGGAUUGAUUCCACAAGAUGCAACUUCGACAUACACGCAACGCCUUCUUAAAAUAGACUAUCUCAUUAGGGAAUACGCUAAUGAUGAAGAAGAAUCACAGCAAUCCGCAAUGGAGAAAGCUCGCGUGUUAACUCAAGAAGAAAUCAACGAAAAAGUUCAAGAUUUGAUGCCAUGGGUUUUCAAUCAGAAUGAUUUCGACUUAAAGAAGAUCAUUGGACAUGGCGCAUUCGCUGAUGUAUACUGGUCUUAUCAAAUUAACGAUAAAACGAAUAAUAAGAUCGUUGCAGUCAAAAAACUCAAAGCUGUUCACUUCUCACAGUACUCUUUCGAAUUAUUCUACAGAGAAAUCAGUAUAUUUACUAAAAUUAACCAUCCUGCGUUACUUCCUUUCGUUGGUGUUACAAUUACACAUCCUUUCUACAUCGUUACAGAGUUUAUGGAAGGCGGAUGUCUUUACAACAGAUUACAUGACAGAGAACCACUCAGAGAUCCUACGAAAUUAACAAUUAUCGCGAUAGGUGUUGCCCACGCCAUGAAAUACCUUCACAGCCAUAAAAUCAUACAUAGAGACCUCAAGUCCCUCAACGUAUUACUCGAUGCGAACGAUUUUCCGAAGGUUUGCGACUUUGGAAUGUCCAGAAUCAUGCCAGAGAACGGCGAGAUGAUGUCAGGAAGCGUCGGAACAGUCCAGUGGAUGGCUCCUGAAGUACUUCGUAGCGAAAGAUAUUCAGAAAAGGCUGAUGUCUACUCAUUCGGUAUUUUAUUGUGGGAAUUGUUGACAGGCGAUGCACCAUUCAAGCAAAUGCGUGAUGUACAAGUAACACUUGCUGUACUCUCAAGCAACGCUCGUCCUAUGAUGCCUCCAAACGUAAGUACAAGACUUGCCAAAUUAAUUAAGGUCUGCUGGGACUCAGAUCCAGACAAAAGACCUGAUUUCGAGACAAUCGCUAAAAUGCUCGAGUCAGGAGAGCUAGAUUUCCCAGGCGCUCGCAAGGAUGACGUUCAAGCCUACAUCAAUUUGUUAAACGAAAAAACCGCCGAUGAUCUCAAAAUUGAUGAAUCGGUUCCCACUCAAAAAACCGCCACCGAUUUGGUCCAACAAAUUUCGAAAUCACCAGAUGAUUGCAUUGAUGCACUUGUUAAGAUCGAAUUCAUUAUUUCGGAUGAACAAUGGAUUAAUUUGUUUAAUGAAGCAAAUUUGAUCCCUGUUUUAGUUGAUUUGCUUAAGAAUGUCGAAGAUGCAAGAAUUGCUAAUACCGCUGUAUCAUUAGUAGCAAAGCUUCUUGAAAAAGACAUCUUUUUGCAAGCAUUUCUCCAAAAUCAGGGCGGAGUUGCAUUACAAGACACAAUUACAAGACUCUGCUCAACAUCAAUGUCAAGAGCGAUCGAUGCAAUGACUCCUUUGUUAAAUCAGAAUGGAAAAGACUUACAAAUUUCUUUAUCAUCUGAUGCAUUGAUAAAAGUUGCUCCUUUCUUGGUCACAUCAAAACUCGUACAGAGAAAAGAGGCUGCAGACUUCUUCUCCUUGUUAAUUGACAAGAAAGCCUUUAAUGGAGAAGCAUCUUUGUCAUCUAUCGUUCAUAACUCACUUUUGAACGCAAUGCCAGAGACAGAACCAUCACUUCUCAACUCAAUUGUCACAUUGCUUGAGAAAUUGUCGAAAUAUCCUACUCCUUUGGAUGCAAUUCGCGCAUCAAACGAUGGAGCAAAGAGAAUGAUCGAAUUAUGUGCAAUAGAGGAUGAGAACAUCGCUUACACAUGCGUAUUGAUCUUAAAGAGACUCGCAGAAGGCACUGCUCCCCUAUCAACAGAAGUAUUACAGAAUUAUACAGGAAUAUUCCCGAAGUUGAUCGCAAGGGACCAGAAAUUCGUAAUACCAUCACUUUCGAUACUCGGAUUGCUCUCAAGAGCCAACAAUGGCGCUAAGACAAUUGCUGGAUCUCAAGAAACAAUCGGAGCGUUCAUGAAAUGCAUCCAAAUGGAAGACGACAUGAUUUCAUUGAUAUGCUUGAAGAUAUUGGCCGUAAUGCUGAUGUACAGAACAAUAUUUGCAUCAUUUGAGAACCUUACAAAGUUCGUAUCGCUCAAAUACAACUCCAAAUCGAUACCAGUCCUUAAAUUAGCUGCUACUGUCAUAUCAGUUUAUAUGAAAUUAGCAACUAAUACAUGGCCAGACGUAAUUGGAGAAGGAUUCGUCGAUUUCAUCAAGAAAUUGUUCACUAUUAAGGAAUUGCAAAUGGAUGCACUCAAAUUAUGCGGUGUUUUCGCUUGCAAAUAUGAUAGUGCUUCGUACUUGAACAAAAACGGUAUCGUCAGGGAAAUUGUAAACGUCCUCAAGCACGGUGAAACCGAUGAACCGAAGGAAGUUGCAAUUUAUGUACUUGCUGCCUUCUCCGGACAGUUCCCAUUCUCUAAGGUUGCUGUAAAAGCUGUUGGACCUGUCAUGGAUGCAAUUAAAGAAGAUUUUGCUUCUCCAUACAACAUUAUCUUCAUUGCAAACAUCGCUGUCAAUCCAUAUGCAGCAUCUAAGAUUGCUCCAAGGAUAAACGAGAUGGCAAGAAUAGUUGACAACAGAGAUAAUACUCCUGAUAAAAUUACAAGAGCGUUGAUGUCGAUCCAGAGAGUCACUCAAUCUCCAGAAGCAUCAGAAUCUAUUGUUAAGAACAGCCAAGCUUUGUUACCUGUUAUCCAAAAGCUUAUUGGCUCGAAUAACGAAAGAAUUGCUCUCAGUAUCAUUGAAGACAUCGCUUACAUCAAAGAUGCUGUUCCUUAUAUCAUGGAAACACAGAUUCCUAAGAUUUUAAUGAAUAGAAUCCAAAAGAUGGACGUUUCUGAUCCAAUUAGACCAACUAUGCUAUCUAUCUUAUCAAGAUUGUAA